AUGGGGGGGGGUUCAACAUUAGUUCCAGCAAAUGCCUUUAAAAGGGGAGGAAAAGAAAUCUUAUUUAAAUACAGGUGGUUCAUGAUUGGUGCAGAUAUUAAUGUGGACGAAGCUUCCCGUAUAAAAGACGUUGAAAAAGUGAAUUUUUUGCUUAGUCUUUUAGGGAGGAAAAGAACCGUAUCUACCAGAGAAUCAAAUUCCACAGACUACCAGUACGAGAAUAUGUUGCAACUAGUGGAAAAUUAUAAGAAUCGUAUCAAUUUUUACAAUGACGAUGAUACCAAUACCGUGACUAUAAAAGAUCAGAAAAAUGUUGAGAAUUCAUGCCAUGAAAUAUACGCAUCGUAUGUCAAUGACGAUAAUAAUAAUGAUUUCCCCAAAUUAGCCAAACGGGAACAUCUCCACUUUUUAUCAAAAUCAUUCAAAACAGAAUUCCCGGGGAGUUAUGUGGUGUUGGACUCCUCCCAAACGUGGAUUUUAUACUGGAUUGCCAAUGCAUUAAUGUUGUUAGGUGUGGAACUUGAAGAGGAAAAGGAGCAGAUUGCAAAGAAAGUGUUAGUAGCACAAAAUAACCAGUAUGGAGGAAUCGGAGGAGGUGAGGGCCAAUUAGGACACAUUGCCUCUACGUAUUCUGCGCUAUUGGUCUUUAGUUACUCUGAAAAUAAGGAUUUCUGGUCACAAAUUGACAGAAAGAAGAUGUAUCACUGGAUGAUGACAGAUCUCAAGCAACCAAAUGGCUCGUUUGCAAUGCAUAAGGGAGGAGAAGUAGAUACCAGGGCAGUAUACUGCGCCUUGACUGUGGCAUCAAUGUUGAACAUUAUGACUCCUGAAUUAAUCGAAGGGACUGCUGAAUGGUUAGGUAAAUGCCAGACCUUGGAAGGUGGCUUUGGAGGCAGUCCAUCUCUUGAAGCUCAUGGGGGGUAUUCAUUUUGUGCUGUUGCCAGUUUGUGUUUAUUAGGGGAUCCAAAGACAAUGUUGAGCAAGUAUUGUAAUUUGCCAAACUUGAUAAAAUGGUCGGUUGAUAGGCAAGGAGGUAUCGAAGGAGGAUUUUCUGGCAGAUCCAACAAGUUAGUGGAUGGGUGCUACAGCCAUUGGAUUGGAGGCAUUUUUCCAUUUCUUGAAGCUGCGAUCCAAAAUGAUAAUAAUGAUUCUUUUAAGGGACUAUUCAAUAGAAACGGCUUACUGAAUUAUAUAUUGGGUUGCUGUCAGGAUAUUGAGGGAGGUGGUCUAUUUGAUAAGCCAGGAUGUAGACCUGAUUUCUACCACACAAAUUACACUUUAGUCGGCCUCUCGCAUUGUCAGCACCAGUAUUCCUUUGACUACAAAAAGUACGAAUUGUUAAAGGAUAAGUGCCUUGAUGCGGCUGCCUAUUGUUACGAUGUUAAGAUGCUCAAAGAUGAUCUGGUAAUAGAAUUCUGUAAAGAAAACAUGUUGAGGCCAAUAAAUCCUGUUUUUGGUGCCGUCAAUGGGUACGUGGAAGCUAUGAGACAGUUCUAUUUUGAUAGUUCCGAGUGA